AAUUUGAGAAACGUUGACAAAUACUUAUCACUGUCGUUUACGAUUUCAUUUUGUUAAGUUCUCGGUUUCAAAAUGAACGGUUUGUUAACAAUUGGUUUGAUUUUUGGUGUUUUAGGAAAUCUAGUUUUCUCUCAUGAAUUCCACCACCCUACCGCUUCACGAGUAAAACGGGCGGCUUUACCAACUGAAGAUGGAAUGGACACAGCAAAGUUUUGGUUGCAAGAUGCCCAACAGACACUUAAAGAAAAACUUAAAUUCAAAAUUAACAAAGAAAAAGCCAAAAACGUUAUAUUUUUCCUUGGCGAUGGAAUGUCAAUUGAAACAUUAGUCGCGAGUCGUAUUUUCGGCGGCCAACUGGAAGGAAAGUUAGGCGAAAGAAGUCAAUUGUCGUUUGAAAAGUUUCCAAUUGUUGGAUUGUCAAAGACUUUCUGUGUGGAUAGACAAGUUGCAGAUUCUGCAUGCACUUCUACAGCUUACUUAUGUGGUGUUAAGGCGAACUAUGCUACAAUUGGCGUUACUGCCAAUGUUACUUUAAAUGAUUGUCUAGCUGGACAGGAUCCUGCAAACCAAGUGGAAUCGAUUGCCGGGUGGGCACAGAGAGCCAAAAAGUCAACAGGUUUGGUUACAACAACUACAGUGACAAACGCCAGUCCUGCAGGUCUAUUUGCUCAUGUCGGUCAUCGCGACUAUGAGAGUGAUUUAAAUGUUAAGGAACAUGAUCAAGAUCCAAAAAUUUGCAAGGACAUUGCUGAUCAGUUGGUUACUGGCAAUGUGGGAAAGAAAUUCAAUGUUAUUUUGGGUGGGGGAACGAAAAGAUUCCUACCUAACGGUACCUUAGAUUUUAAUGGCAAUUCAGGUGAACGAUUAGAUGGUCGAAAUCUCAUCAAAGAGUGGGUAGAUUCCAAGAAAGGAAUCACAAAAACUGUUUUCAAUCGAGAUCAAUUACUAGAAGUAGACUUUGAUAAGACAGACUAUCUUCUGGGGCUUUUUUCUCCAAAAGAAAUGGCUUACAAAACUGAUGCUGAUGAAGCUAAAGACCCUUCAUUGGAAGAAAUGACAGAAGCAGCCAUUGAAAUGUUAAACAAAAAUAAGAAUGGCUAUUUCCUAUUUGUAGAGGGAGCUCGUAUCGAUCAUGGACAUCAUGAGAAUCUCGCACAUAAGGCACUCAUGGAGACAGUUGAGUUAUCGAAGGCUGUACAGAAAGCUAUUGAUAUUACUGAUUCUUCAGAUACUCUGAUUGUUGUUAGUUCAGAUCAUGGACACACUAUGAGCAUGAGUGGGUACCCAACGAUAGGAAAUAAUAUUCUUGGAUUAAGUACGGAAAUGAGUGAUGUCGAUGGGUUGCCUUAUACAACGCUUAGUUAUGCUAAUGGACCCAGUUAUUAUCAGCAUAUAAAUGAUAAGAAAACGCGAUUGGAUCUCACGAAUGUUGGCGUUUUGGACAAGGACUUUAAAUAUGCCAGUACGUUUCCCAGUGUCGAUGAAACUCAUGGAGGUGGAGAUGUUGCUAUCUUUGCAAAUGGACCAUGGGCGCAUUUGUUUUCUGGAGUCGUGGAACAAAACAUUUUACCUCAUAUUAUGGCUUAUGCUGCUUGUAUUGGUGAUGGCAUUACAAUGUGUCAAGAAGAAAAUAAAUAAACGUUGAUUCCUUUUUAAAUAAUGAAAAAUGUUUUUCAUAGUAGAUACUUUUAGAAGAACAAACUAAUGUUUGGUUUGGCUAGUAGAAGGGUUAGAAAAAUAAACAAUCAGCAGAAUAAAUCGGGG